AUGAUGGUCAAGAUGAAGGACAAGACAAAGAUAGCAACUUCACUUCACUCUUACAAACAGAUGAUUGGUGAUAGCUUCGAAGCGAUCCUAUCAAAAGGCGUAUCCAUACUCAUUCAUUCGGAUGUAGAACAUGAUCAAUUUGGCUAUGAUCGUUACAUCUUGUUUGGUAUAGAAGACGACGACUAUUGGAUGGAUGAAGUGUUGAGCGAGCCGCACAUCUUGAGCAUUACCUUCAUGGAUUGCAAUGAGAUGCCUUUCGACCAGGAGUUCUGGACCAAAGCAGCUCCCUUCUUUGAGAAAUUGAGUACCCGCAACGAUGCGCCACACAAGAUAGAAUACAAACUGGUGUCUGGAUUGCUGGUGCCAGCAUUACGAGUGCUACCAAUCACCUCUCUAUCGUUCUAUCAGUACAUCAUGCAAGAUGAAGAUUAUGAGGUAAUGGGAAAUCGACUAGGAGAUCCGAGUCAUCUUCCACUGUCAUUGACCACACUCAAAGUCAACAAUGACUAUAACUUCCAACCUGGACUCGACCUGUCCAGGCUCACGCGACUCAAGACAUUGAGCAUCACAUAUUAUGGCGGCACUCAGCUUACUAAGUAUGCGAUACUUCCACCCUCACUUACCACGCUCUUGAUUGGGCGCGGUGUUGUAGAGCCGUUGGGAAAGCUUCCACCAAGCGUCACUGAGCUCAACUUGGACACCCUGACCUAUGAUCUGAGCAACGAUCACCAAACCUUGGAGAAACUGGACAUCUCCAAACAUUGUCUCGAAACAAACAUACUAUCCAAACUGGUCUUUUCCCAUCUACGUUCGCUCACUGUAUUCUCUGUCGAUUCAAAAUUGCUGGAAGAUAUAUUUACAUUAUCACUCUUCCCGGCACUGGAAGAGUUUAAAGCUGUGAUGACUGUUGGAUGGCGCCAGUCCCAACCUUUGGACUUCACUCUAUCAUCAUCUCCUCUCAAGAAGUUGACAAUCACCAAUUGCCACCAGCCCAUCUUGGCUCCCAAUUGCCUUCAGACAUUGAGCGUACAUUUCUCUAAACGUAAUUUGCCAAACCAAGAACUGUGGCACAAUGGCGUUUCACCAAAAGGUAUUACAGAACUGGUCUUGUUUAUACAUGGUUCCAACUCCGACGAAUAUCCCAAACACUAUUCCUACAAACUCAAACAGACCUCCUGCGGUCUGGCUUCAUCGACUUGGUCCAUCUCCAGUCACUUUGUUUAA